AUGCUAUUGGGAAAAGAUGAACCAACUAGAAUUACUGAUGCCAGUAUUGCAGCAGACAUUGCGCUUUAUGAAAAAUGGGAGCGAUCUAAUCGCCUUGGCAUAAUUUUCAUAAAGACUAAAAUUUUUGCUGAUUUACCUGGUUCCGUCGAUCAGCAUAACAAAGUCCAAGACUUGAUAAAGGCCAUUGAUGAUCAAUUCGUCACUUCAAUUAAGGCAUUAGUAAGUACCCUUAUAAUGAAGUUCUCAUCCUUAAAGCUCAUCAAUGUGAAAGGUGUGAUCGAGCACAUCAUGCAGAUGAGAGACAUUAUGGGCCAGCUUAAGAGACUUGAGUUUGAGAUGUCUGAAUUCUUCCUUGUGCACUACAUCUUGAAUAGUCUUCCACAAGAGUUUAGAUCUUUCAAGAUCUCGUACAACACACAUAAGGAUAAAUGGUCAAUUAAUGAAUUAAUGACUACAUGUGUUCAAGAAGUAGAUAGACUAAUAAUUGAAUAA